ACCAUAUCUCUGUGGUCCAGUACAGCAGAGAACCAGAGGUCCAUUUCUAUCUGAACACAUAUACCACAGGGGAGGAUGUGGUGGACUCGGUCAGAGGGCUUAGACACAGAGGAGGAAGACCCCUAAACACCGGGGCAGCUCUCCAAUACGUCAGAGACAACGUCUUUACAAACUCCUCUGGGAGUAGACGCCUGCAGGGUGUCCCACAGAUAUUGAUCUUGCUAACUGGGGAAGGUCUUUUGACAAUGUAGAUAGCCCAGCCUCAGCUCUCAAACAGCAGGGCAUUUAUGUGAUUGGCAUCGGAACUAGGACCUCAGAUGCUAGAGAGCUGCAGAAAAUAUCAUAUGAGCCCAGUUAUGCUCUGCCAGUGUCCGAGUUCACUGACCUUCCCAGUGUCCAAGAAAAGCUCUCUUCUGUAAUGAGCACAGUGAUAGUGAGGGCCACGCCCAUGACACCAACAGUGACCGUGGUCAGACCGCCAGCAGGAAAGGAUGUGGUGUUUUUGCUGGAUGGAUCUGAUACUACUAGAACUGGAUUCCCAGCUAUGAGAGACUUUGUCCAAAACAAGUAGAGACACUCAGUGUGGAUGAUGGCAAAGACCGUGUGUCGGUUGUUCAGUACAGCAGCGAUCCAGCCGUCCAGUUCUAUCUGAACACUUACACCACAAAAAGAGAGGUCCUUGACAGUGUCAGAGGUUUGAGGCACAAAGGCGGACGACCCCUCAACACUGGAGCAGCUCUCCGGUACUUGAGGGAUAACGUCUUCACGGCCUCUGCCGGAAGCAGGCGUCCCGAAGGAGUUCCGCAGGUCCUAAUAUUGAUCACUGGUGGAAGAUCAUUUGACAGUAUUGAUGAACCAGCCUCUGCUCUCAAACAGCUGGGUGUCUUGACCAUUGCAAUUGGAACCCGAGGCUCUGACAGCACAGAACUUCAGACCAUAACUGGCGAGCCCAGUUAUGCUCUAUCUGUGUCUGAACUGACUGACCUACCCAAAGUGCAACAGCAAGUUGAGUCCUCUGUGGAAGCUGCAGUUAUUGAAGUCACCCCAGAAUUACCAACCGUAAUUGUUUCACGUGACAGAAAAGAUAUCGUAUUCCUUCUGGAUGGUUCUGAUGGCACAAGGAAUGGCUUCCCUGCCAUGCGUGAUUUUGUAGAGAGAGUGGUGGAGAAACUCAAUGUGGGAGAAAACAAAGACCAUGUCUCUGUGGUCCAGUACAGCAGAGAACCAGAGGUCCAUUUCUAUCUGAACACAUAUACCACAGGGGAGGAUGUGGUGGACUCGGUCAGAGGGCUUAGACACAGAGGAGGAAGACCCCUAAACACCGGGGCAGCUCUCCAAUACGUCAGAGACAACGUCUUUACAAACUCCUCUGGGAGUAGACGCCUGCAGGGUGUCCCACAGAUAUUGAUCUUGCUAACUGGGGGAAGGUCUUUUGACAAUGUAGAUAGCCCAGCCUCAGCUCUCAAACAGCAGGGCAUUUAUGUGAUUGGCAUCGGAACUAGGACCUCAGAUGCUAGAGAGCUGCAGAAAAUAUCAUAUGAGCCCAGUUAUGCUCUGUCAGUGUCCGAGUUCACUGACCUUCCCAGUGUCCAAGAAAAGCUCUCUUCUGUAAUGAGCACAGUGAUAGUGAGGGCCACGCCCAUGACACCAACAGUGACCGGUAAGAACGUGACUCAUUUGUAAUCUCCAGUAUCAUGGUAGAAAACAGUCUGAAAAAAAAUCAAAUGUGUUUUUCAGAGUUCAGUUAGGCAGUGGAAUUAUUUGUUUUUACAAAAUAGUUGUGGUUGCAAAGAAAGAGUUUAAUUUAACCAUGUUGCUUUUUAGCUGCAAAAUAUUUGAUUGACCAAGUUAAACAUAUGGUAAAUCUCAUGUCUCUUAGUGGUCAGACCGCCAGCAGGAAAGGAUGUGGUGUUUUGCUGGAUGGAUCUGAUACUACUAGAACUGGAUUCCCAGCUAUGAGAGACUUUGUCCAAAAACAAGUAGAGACACUCAGUGUGGAUGAUGGCAAAGACCGUGUGUCGGUUGUUCAGUACAGCAGCGAUCCAGCCCUCCAGUUCUAUCUGAACACUUACACCACAAAAAGAGAGGUCCUUGACAGUGUCAGAGGUUUGAGGCACAAAGGCGGACGACCCCUCAACACUGGAGCAGCUCUCCGGUACUUGAGGGAUAACGUCUUCACGGCCUCUGCCGGAAGCAGGCGGCCCGAAGGAGUUCCGCAGGUCCUAAUAUUGAUCACUGGUGGAAGAUCAUUUGACAGUAUUGAUGAACCGGCCUCUGCUCUCAAACAGCUGGGUGUCUUGACCAUUGGAAUUGGAACCCGAGGCUCUGACCCCAGAGAACUUCAGACCAUAACUGGCGAGCCCAGUUAUGCUGUAUCUGUGUCUGACUUCACUGACCUUCCCAAUGUUCAAGAACAGCUCUCCUCUGUAAUGAGCACAGUGCUAAUGAGAGUCACACCUUUGACCCCAACAGUGACUGUGGUCAGACCGCCAGCAGGAAAGGAUGUGGUGUUUUUGCUGGAUGGAUCUGAUGCUACUAGAACUGGAUUCCCAGCUAUGAGAGACUUUGUCCAAAAACAAGUAGAGACACUCAGUGUGGAUGAUGGCAAAGACCGUGUGUCGGUUGUUCAGUACAGCAGAGAUCCAGCCGUCCAGUUCUAUCUGAACACUUACACCACAAAAAGAGAGGUCCUUGACAGUGUCAGAGGUUUGAGGCACAAAGGCGGACGACCCCUCAACACUGGAGCAGCUCUCCGGUACUUGAGGGAUAACGUCUUCACGGCCUCUGCCGGAAGCAGGCGUCCCGAAGGAGUUCCGCAGGUCCUAAUAUUGAUCACUGGUGGAAGAUCAUUUGACAGUAUUGAUGAACCAGCCUCUGCUCUCAAACAGCUGGGUGUCUUGACCAUUGCAAUUGGAACCCGAGGCUCUGACAGCACAGAACUUCAGACCAUAACUGGCGAGCCCAGUUAUGCUCUAUCUGUGUCUGAACUGACUGACCUACCCAAAGUGCAACAGCAAGUUGAGUCCUCUGUGGAAGCUGCAGUUAUUGAAGUCACCCCAGAAUUACCAACCGUAAUUGGUAUGUUGUCAGACACAUCCUAUUGCUGGCUCCAAAAUUCACUUAUUUUAGCUACAGUGAGGAAAAGCAAAUAAAGGAAUGUGAUGUGUGUAUAGGUUUUUUGUGCAUUUCAAACCAGUUGGUGGCAUGCUUUGGUCUUUCUAAAACAGAAGUAGACCAGGCUAGUGUUGUUAAAAUAUUAGUGUGCCAGUGAAAGAAAAUCUCACAACCUUU